CGUAAAAUCGUUGUGGAAAUAUCGAAAAAAUGAUGCUGAUUUGGCAAGACGAGACGGGAUAGUGACAGCCACAGCCAACUUGUGUCCGGGACGUGGCAAAUCAACAGCCAGGGAAAUUUUGCCAGGAUCGGAGGGGUUAACGCUGUUGGCGGAUCUCGAUCUUGUGUGGCGGGUCGUUUGACUGUCAAUCCUUUCCUUAAUCAGUGUAAUCAAUCCUUUCGUUAAUUGGUAUUUUGGUUCAGUGGUUGAUAGCAUCACUAAACCGGCAGAUUUCUGAGACCGUCUGACCACCCUGACUCGGUAAUCCAUCCUUUCUUGGGUGAAUCACUCCUCUCGUCAAUGUGGUUCACAAAUUUGCCAAAUGGGUGAUUUCUAAGACUGUCGUCUGACCAUCAAUCCUUUCCACAAAUUUGCCAAAUGGGUGAUUUCUAAGACUGUCGUCUGACCAUCAAUCCUUUCCCGAAUUGGCAACCAAUCCUUUCCCGAAUUGGCAACCAGUCCUUUCCUUGGGGUAAUCAAUCGGUUGGUUAAUUGGUGGUUUUAAUCCCAUGAAUUGAUACAGGUGCGCAUCACGAAGACGGCGCCAGGAAACGUAAGUGAUCGAGAGAGAGAGAGAGAGAGAGAGAGAGAGAGAGAGAGAGAGAGAGAGAGAGAGAGAGAGACGGGGGGCGCGUUCUUGUGUCCUGCCACGUGGCGACGCCACGAUGUCUCAUUAUUGUCCAGAAUGCAAGACACAGACAGAGAUCGUGCAAGACCAUGCGGCGGGUGACAUGAUCUGUAAGGAGUGCGGCCUCGUCCUCGAGUCGCACAGUAUCGAUGAGACGAGCGAAUGGCGUACCUUCACGAACGAAGCCGGAAAUACCGAUCCCGUCCGUGUAGGUGGUCCCAGCAAUCCCUUGUUGACUGAUGGAGGCUUGUCAACGAUCAUCUCAAGACCUAACGGCGGCGGGGAAAUUGCCGGAAAUCUCGGAAGGUGGCAGAAUCGUGGCGCUAAUCCGGAUCGCAACCUCAUCAACGCUUUUCGCUCCAUCGCCGGGAUGGCAGAGAGAUUGGGACUUGUCUCCACGAUUAAGGACCGGGCGAAUGAGAUUUACAAGAAGGUGGAAGAUUUGAAGUCCAUUCGAGGAAGGAGCCAGGAUGCGAUUCUGGCGGCAUGCCUCUACAUUGCGUGCAGGCAGGAAGACAGGCCCCGAACAUUUAAAGAGAUCUGUGCAGUUGCGAGAGAUGCUUCAAAGAAAGAAAUUGGUCGUUGUUACAAGUUCAUUGUGCGACAGCUUGAAGAGGAGAUUGGCGUUCGCAUGGGCAUGGGUACAAUUCAUCCAGAGAGUUAUUUGAGGCGUUUUUGUUCACAUCUUGGGAUGCCACAUGAAGCUGUUCGGGCCACCUCGGAAGUUGUGAAGAGGAUCACUGAGCAGUUAGAUAUCAGGAAGAGUCCGAUAUCGGUAGCGGCUGCUGCUAUCUACAUGAUCUCACAACUCACAGAGGAGAAGAAAUCGUUAAAAGAUAUUUCGAGGGUAGCAGGUGUGGCAGAAGUGACCAUCAGAAAUUCAUACAAAGAUCUUUACCCACAUGCGUCCAAGCUGGUUCCGGAUUGGUUUGUCCCUGAGGCGGAGUUGAAGAAUCUUGCCAGCCUUUGAAGUUUGAACUUUGAAUAAAUAAUCUGAGAGUUUGUGGGCACCGUUUCCAGAAAAUUGCAUUCCCGUUCGUUCACGACAAAGUAAGCAUGGUGACCAUGAUUCUGCCGUUUAGUUUCGAAGAAGACGAGAACAGAGGGCAGCCGGGGGGUGGUGUUUAGUAGAAGGUAGUUUGAGUAGAGAUGCAAGGUACAGUGUGCAGGACCAGGUGUCGAAUACUUUAGUAGAGAACUUUGACUAGGGAGGAUGGGUAGAGUGGCAGGAUCUGGAAGGACUUGUAAGGUGCGGGGAGGAUGUAGUGGAGGACCAGAAUACUUACUAAUGGGACAAGGAAAAUGGAAGACUUAGCGGAGGAAGAGAUCUGGUGGGACAAGGAUGGAUGGAAGGUUGCGGAGGACUUGACGGAAGCACAGCUUUGAUGCAAGAGGACUGUAAGAGUGGGCGGGAACGAGAAGGACUUGCGGGGUCGAGGUCUUUUGCAGUGGGAAGUUGGGAGGGUUGAGUGAAGGGAGAAAUCUAGUGGGGUUAAGGAAACAGAGGAUUUAGUGGACAAAAAAAUGUGGUCGGAUAAGGAUGACGGAUGGUGGUUGAGGGCGUGGAAGAGGACAACUGUAUGAGGUUCGGCAGUGGAAUACCAGGCAUUUGCCAGUUGCUUGUAUUUUCUCGCUGAUUGAUUGGGCGAUUGCCAAUUGGAAGUAAAUAUUGAGAGCGAUGGACAGUAGGUAGAUGUGGUCUGCAUAUCCAUAGGUUCGCUCGUAUGUGGCCUGGGUGAUAUUGCGUGGGUGCGUAUUUUUACCAUCUGCAGGAUAUGCAUAGCCAUAGGGUAAAUAUAGGUUACGCAGGGGUCCACCCUAUCAUCAAUCUGUCCAUCGGUUCAUCUGUCGGUUGGUCUAUAGGUCCACUUGCGGCUCCAUUGGUCCCACCCCUAUACCUCCAUCAGUCGGUUCACACCUACCAUCCACUCAUUCAUCCAUCCUGUCGAUAGAAUAUGAUAAGGCCUGUAGGAAAGAAAUCCUGAGUCAACCUGUCUGAGGAGGGUAGGCAGGGCGCUUUGUUUUGAUUGUGUACCAUUGCUCGACAUGAAUGCUAUUUCCGCAAUGUGUAUGAUGUUGAGGAGGGCUUGCGUCAGUCCCCUCUUUCCCGGUACAGUGGGUCAAAUCAUUCUCAAACAAACGUACAUCAACGUUGCUGCUUUUUUCUUCUGUUUUUGGUUCUUCCCUCCGCUAAUUCAUUGACAGUCGUUGAGAUGUAAUUAUUUUGUUCAAAGUGUAGAGUGAUUGCCUCAAGUAUGUGUUUUGCUUGCCUGUCUGGCUAUUGGCAGUCUUCGCGUGCUGCUGCUGCUGGUGCCUGCUAUGAUGUGAAAUGCACCAAUAGAACUUGCAGUCUCACCUUGCUUGGCUGUUGAAAAUCUACGUGUAGAGUGAUUGCCUCGAGUGUCCUAAGCGAGAAAGAUCCUCCCAGUUGUGGGACACAAGGGGGGAAUGUUGUGCUUGGCGAUUGUUGGGCGCCGUGCCGUGGUUUUGCAGAGUCCAGCACAGGUGUUUGGACAGCUCCUCCGAGUUGUGGGAAGACGAAUUGCCAUCUCAGCCGUCUUCCCUGACAGCAUGCACUGAAACCUGAAAAACUUGUCGUUACAGCUGAGUUGGCGAUUCGACGUCUGUGCGUGCUUUUGCCGAGUAAUGUGGGUGUGAAGACUUGGUGAAGAAGUUUGGUGCGGCGGUAAGCCAAAGAUUUGUUCGACAGAAAGUAGCGUGUCGUCGUUUGUUCAGAUUCAUAGGAGCCAGUAGGGGAACUGGAGAGUUGGAAAUAGCAAUGGAACCAUGUUCAGCUCCGUAAUAGUUGGGAAAUACAAGAGAACCGUGCCGGGAGAAAUUGCACAGUUUGUCGAGCCGGGAUGUCCUUCACAUCAAUGAAUUGCAAAUGUGCGA